UAUCCCUCCCUUUUUCCCCUUUAUAAUCCAUUACCAUUUCUCCUACUUCUUCAAUAAUCCAGUCUAGAAAAUGAGCCGGUGGUGGGCAGGUGCAAUUGGAGGUGUCAAGCAGCAGUCUGAAAAUGGCAACGCGUUCCGAGGACACCAUAGCGUGGCUCUAGUAAUAGGCGUAACUGGCAUUGUUGGCAACAGCUUAGCUGAAAUCCUUCCACUCUCCAACACACCUGGUGGACCAUGGAAAGUCUACGGAGUGGCCCGUCGUCCACGACCAAAUUGGAACUUAGACCACCCUGUUGAAUACAUCCAAUGUGACAUAUCUAACACGGCGGAAACUCAAGCAAAACUCUCCCAGCUAACUGAUGUUACUCACAUUUUCUAUGUCACAUGGGCCCUCCGAUUCACGGAGGCCGAGAACAUCGAAGCUAAUAACCUCAUGUUCCGCAAUGUCCUCCAGGCUGUUAUCCCCAACGCCCUCAAUCUCAAACAUGUUUGCCUCCAAACUGGUCUUAAACACUAUGUUGGCCCAUUCGAGUUGGUAGGCAAGAUCGAACCACAUGACACUCCUUACACGGAGGAUCUGCCCAGAUUAAGCGCACCCAAUUUUUACUACGAUUUGGAAGACAUUCUGGCCGGGGAAGUGGCAAAGAAAGAGGGAGUGACUUGGUCUGUGCACAGGCCGCAUACAAUUUUGGGGUUUUCUCCAUAUAGUUUGAUGAACAUAAUGGGCACCCUUUGUGUUUACGCUGCUAUAUGUAAACAUGAAGGGAUGCCUUUACUGUUCCCUGGGACCGAGUCUGUUUGGGAUGCUUAUUCCAUCGCAUCUGAUGCAGAUCUGAUUGCUGAGCAGGAAAUUUGGGCAGCUGUGGAUCCUAAUGCACGAAAUGAAGCGUUUAAUAUCCACAAUGGAGAUGUUUUUAAGUGGAAGCAUUUGUGGAAGGUUUUGGCUGAACAGUUCGGGAUAAAAAAAUAUGGGUUGCCUGAGAGUGGGAAGAAAGUGAGCUUGACGGAGUUGAUGAAGGAUAAAGGAGCAGUGUGGGAGAAAAUUGUGAAGGAUAAUCAGCUGUUGCCUAACAAGUUGGAGGAGGUAGGAGUGUGGUGGUUUGCAGAUUUUGUGUUGGGUGCAGAGUCCAUUAUUUCGUGUAUGAAUAAGAGUAAGGAGCAUGGGUUUCUGGGGUUUAGGAAUUCCAAGAAUUCACUGAUUUCGUGGGUGGACAAGUUGAAGGCUCAUAAGAUUGUGCCUUGAGCUGGGUGGGUCUAGGUUUGCUUGUUUUUUACCGCUGUAGUAGGUUGUUUUCAAAAAUAAUUUUGAAGAUCGAUGGAUUGUUCUUCUUGUGGGCGAAUUCUAUUAAAGCAUAUAUCUGUAUUCUGAAGAAAAAUGCAUUUGCUGGAGGUCUGUUUCUCUUUUGGUUGUUCUUGUCAGGAAUUUAGAAUAAAAAGUGAAAAAAUCUCUCUUCCUUUUGAGCUA